CACGGCAGCAGUGCCACGUCAGCAACCAGUCACCGCAGCAGCAGGUCACGUCAGUGCAUGGUGCUCACCCGCUCAAAGACGAGCGGCAUGGAUCAGCAGCCAGGCGAGACUACCGAGGCCUAUGAGGCCCGCGUGCUGGACAUGGUAGCAGAAUUCAAGCCACGGGCAGCUGCGGCAACAUCCGCACGUAAGAAGGAAGAUGAGGAAGCAGAGGAACAGCGUCGCCUCGCUGAACAGCAGAGACAGGCGGACGCUGAGGCAGCAAGGAAGGCCGCAGACGAACGCCGUCGACUACGCCGAGACAAACUCCUCGAAUGCGAGGGGGAUAUCGAGGUGAUCGCCCGCGAAUGGGCGGUGGCUGCUGAAGAGGAAGGUGCCCCCUCUGCUGUGCGUGGCCUUGCAACCACAGUCGAACAUGUAAGCGACUUGGUCGCCACCUGUGCAGCACAGCAAGAGGACAUCCUCUGCGUGGACACCCUGGUCCGGAAGCAGAUUCGAAUUAUUAAUGAACUGCUUGACUGGGUACGCCGGCUGGAACAGCAACUUGCAACAGCCACCCCCGUCGGACCCUCCAACUUGACGGACCGCGUCAACGUCUUGGAAAUCGACGUCGAGACGCUCAAGGACGGCACUCUAGCGACAAAUCAGCGGAUUGACCAGCAGAUUUGUGCCGCCGCAGCCAGUCCGACCGCGACUACUCACGAGAGCAUCCCAAAGUUUGAUGGACUGCCGAUCUUCUGCGAUGCAACGAAGACAGACCCGAUCCCAUGGUGGUGGCAGUUCGAGUUGAAGUUGGACAUUCACCACAUCAUUCUUGAGGCCGGUGUCGUGCCGCCGAAAGGAUGCAUCUAUCGCAUGAGCGAGGAAGAGCUCGCAGUUUUCCACGCUCAACUCAACGAUCUUUUGGACGAGGGCUGGAUCCGCCCUGGUAGCUCACCAUACGGUGAGCCAGUUCUCUUCGUACGGAAGAAGAACAAGGAUCUUCGCUUGUGGAUCGACUACCGCAAGCUCAACGCACAAACCGUCAAGAAUGCAGGACCUCUUCCGCGGAUUGGCGACCUUCUCAAGCGUUUGGGCGGCGCAAAAAUCUUCUCAAAGUUGGACUUGAAGUCGGGCUACCAUCAAAUCUCGAUACGCCUGCAAGAUUGCUACAAAUCCGCGUUCAAAACUCGGUACGGGCAUUUUGAGUGGAUCGUUAUGCCUUUUGGCCUGACCAAUGCCCCGACGACCUUUCAAGCGGCAAUGACCAACAAGUUCCGUGCGAUGCUGGACCGAUUCGUACUAGUCUACUUAGACGACAUUCUCGUCUAUAGCCGGACAUUGAAGGAUCAUCUUGAGCACCUUCGACGAGUGUUGGAGACACUCCGCCGCGCCAAGUACAAAGCCAACCGUGACAAGUGCGAAUUUGUCCGGCUUGAGCACCUUCGACAAGUGUUGGAGACGGUCCGCCGCGCCAAGUACAAAGCCAGCGGAACUUGUUGGAGACGCUCCGCUGUGCACUCGAUUGACGACGCACGGAAGAAGGAAUUAUUGGCCUUCAUACACGCGCUCAAGCGCUGGCGACAUUUUCUUCUCGGUCGACGGCAGUUCCGAUGGGUAACGGAUAACAAUCCCUUGGUUUUCUACAAGACCCAAGACACGGUCAAUAGCACCAUUGCCCGUUGGAUGGCCUUCAUCGACCAGUUUGACUUUUUCCCCGACCACAUUCUGGGCAAGUCAAACCGUUUUGCAGAUGCUCUUUCAUGGUGUCCGGACCAUUGUACCGUAGUCUACUCAACUUUUGAGAUUAACGACGACUUGUGGGACAGCUUCAUCCGCGGCUACCAAGUCGACCCCGAGUUUUGCGACAAGUACUCAAAUUGUGCCUCUCCUAAUCCGGCGCCAUCGCACUAUCGGAUCCAAGAGGGGUACUUGCUCGUCCACUCGCGAGGGAAGGAUCUUCUUUGUGUGCCACAAGAUUUACACUUGCGCACACAGCUUCUUGGCGAGUUCCAUGACGAUCCCGCCACCGGACACUUUGGAGUCAAUCGAGGAGGAGGAGGAGAAUUGGAGGAGGAGGAGGAGGAAGAGAAGAGGCAGCAGAGGAAGGAGGAGGACGAGGAGGAUGAGGAGGAGGAGAAAGAAGAAGAGGAAGAAGAAGAAAAAGAAGAGGAAGAAGAAGAAAAAGAAGAGGAAGAAGAAGAAGAGGAGGAGGAGGAGGAGGAGGAGGAGGAGGAGGAAGAAAAUUGGAGGACAGGAGGAGGAGGAGGACGACGACGAGGAGGAAGAGAAGAGGCAGCAGAGGCAGCAGAGGGAGGAGGAGGAGGAGGAAGAAAGAGGAAGAAGAAGAAGAGGAAGAAGAAGAAGAGGAAGAAGAAGAGGAAGGAGGAGGAAGAUUAUAAAGAGGAGGAAAAGGAGGAGGAGGAGGAGGAGGAGGAGGAGGAGGAAGAGAAGAGGCAGCAGAGGCAGCAGAGGCAGAAGGCAGCAGAGCCGAAGGCAGCGGAAGCGGAAGUGGAAGGCAGCAGAAGGCAGCCGAAGCCGAAGGCAGGAGGAGCAGAAGGCAGAAGAGGCAGGCGGAAGAAGAGGAGGAAGAAGCAGAAGGAAGAAGAAGAAGAAGAAGAAGAAGAAGAAGAAGAAGAAGACGAAGAAGCAAAAGAAGAAGCAGGAGGAGGAAGAAGAAGUAGAAGAAGAAGCAGAAGAAGCAUUAGACACAGAAGCAGCAGCAGAAGAAGAAGCAGCAGAAGAAGGAGAACCAAAGCAACAGAAGAAGAAGCACAAGAAGAAGUAGAAGCAGCAGAAGGAAGAAGCAGCAGAAGCAGAAGCAGAAGAAGAAGCAGGAUGAGGAAGAGGGAGAGGAAGAAAAAUAAGGAAGAGGAAGAAGAAGCAAAAGAAGAAGCAAAAGAAGAAGCAUAAGAAGCGGAGGCAGAAGCAGAAGCAGGAGAAGUAGAAGCAGAAGCAGCAGAAGAAGCAGCAGAAAAAGCAGCAGAAGAAGCAGCUGAAGAAUAAGCGAGGCAGCAGAAGCAUAAGAAAAGGAAGAAACUGAAGGAAGCAGCAGAAAAGGAAGAAGAAGAAGCAGCAGAAACAGAAGAAAAGGAAGAAACAAAUGGAAGCAGCAGAA